GCUUUGCAGGAUAAAUUUGUUCACGGUUUUGGACGCUACACUGUGCCAAGGUGAACUUCAAGGAGUAGUUGCAGAUUGUCAGGUGGUCAAUUAAGAUGCAUCACUCCACCAUUCUUGGUUUGUUCAUCCUGUUAUCUGCUCUGUCAAGAUCUUAUGCUGGUAAAGUUCUGGUCGUCCCUGUGGAUGGAAGUCAUUGGAUUAAUAUGAAGGUCCUAAUUGUGGAGUUGCAUUCAAAAGGUCACAAUAUCACCGUGGUCCGGGGGUCUAGCAGCUGGUACAUUGAGGAAAAGUCUCCUCUCUACACUUCCAUUACGGUGGACACUGGCGAAUUUGACGAUGACUUCAUGGAGAAGUUUCUCCCUCACAUACUGAAAAUGCAGAGACAAGGAAGAUCAUUUUGGAAUGAAAUGGCACUUGCUGAUGAAACUUAUAGGAGGUUUACAGAAAUUCAUCAGCAAAUAUGCAAUAUGACAGCUACAAUGUUUGAAAACGAGACCUUGAUGAAUUCACUGAAAGAUGCUGCAUAUGACAUUGUUCUGACGGAUCCUGCUUUUGGAGGUGGAGUGUUACUGGCACACCGUCUUGACCUCCCUCUUGUGUUUAAUGUCCGCUGGACCAUGUACGGAGAAGCCCAUUUUGAUAUAGCUCCAUCUCCUCUCUCAUAUAUACCUGUUACAGGGUUACAGCUAACCGACAAGAUGACUUUCAUUCAGAGAGUAAUGAACGUGAUGACAUAUAUAAUGAUUCUUUAUAAAAAUUCCAAAUACUUUGGUUCUCCUUACCAAGAGUUCGCACAGAAAUAUUUUGGCCCCAAUGUCGAUUUCUUCUCCCUCCUCCAGAAUGCUGACAUGUGGCUAAUGAGAAACGACUUCACGUUUGAGUUUCCACGACCCACAAUGCCAAAUGUCGUCUACAUGGGUGGCUUCCAGUGCAACCCAGCUAAGCCCCUUCCAGAUGAUUUGGAGAAAUUUGUACAGAGCUCAGGAGAGCCUGGGGUCAUCAUCAUGACUUUAGGAACUGUUUUUGGUCAGCUUCUGAGUGAAAUCAAUGAUGAUAUUGCUGCCGCUUUUGCCCAACUGCCUCAAAAGGUUAUUUGGAGACACACAGGACCACGGCCUGCCAAUCUUGGUAAUAACACAUUGAUUGUGGACUGGCUCCCCCAGAAUGACCUGCUUGGACAUCCUCAAACUAAAGUGUUUGUGGCACAUGGAGGCACCAAUGGAGUUCAGGAAGCCAUCUAUCAUGGGAUUCCCAUUGUUGGCAUUCCUUUAGCUUUUGAUCAACCUGACAAUCUUUCCAGGAUGCAAGCAAAGGGAACAGCAAAGAUUGUAGAUAUUGCAACUCUGGACAGGAAUGUGUUUCUAGAGGCAUUAAAGGAGGUUCUGCAUAACCCAUCUUACAGGGAGAACAUGCAGAGACUGUCCAGACUGCAUCACGACCAGCCAAUGAAACCUCUUGAUCGUGCCGUCUUCUGGAUUGAGUUUGUCAUGAGGAAUAGAGGAGCCCCUCAUUUACGAACACAGUCUUUCAGAAUGUCCUGGAUUGAGUACUACUCUAUAGAUGUUAUUUUGACUUUACUGGCAACAGUUUUUAUAUUUGCAUUUGUGACUGUUUAUACAAUUAGAUAUUUUUGUCUAGUUGUAUUCAGAAAGAAGGUGAAACGUGAAUAAUAGUGGCUGGA